AUCACGGUGGGUUAACAUCGGUAGGUGGCUCAGGUGUUGUCUCAGUCGAGUCCGAUCAGCUCGGCACGGCUCAAGGCAGUGGGACGCGAUUUGUACAAAGUCCCAAGUGUCUUUUGGCCCAACUUCUUCCCGUUCACUAAAAGCAACGUGGACUGGGCUCCCCGGGGAUCAGAUCAACAAAGACAAGUCCUUUUCUAUCCCAUUUCUUCUACUCACGCCAGCCAAACCAGAUCCUCUCAAAAUGGUCGAGAUACAUUCCGGUGUCAUGGUGAAUGGCGAGACCAGACCAGUCAAUGGGGCUACACCACUGAAAGAAGACUUCAUCAAGAUUCCAGACGUGGCCUCAUAUCCGACUGGAAGUCUUGACUUUCUCCUCAAGCUGCAAAAAGAAGAGCAGAAGCGGCACAAGGCAAUGAGGACUUCGAAUUUGCUCAACCAGGACGACUUCUCCCGAGUCCGGCUGAACACCAUCAUUGUUGGUGCCGGACUUGGUGGGUUGGCUGCUGCCAUCAGUCUGGCUAGAAAGGGCCACAAGGUCACCGUCUUUGAACAGGCUCCGGAACUUGGUGAGGUCGGUGCUGGCAUUCAGAUCCCCUCCAACUCAAGUCGGUUGCUCCUGAAAUGGGGUCUACAACCAUUUUUGGCGUCCAAGAUCGUGGAGCCAGAGGACAUCAAGUUCCGACGAUGGGAGAACGGCGCCGUCAUUGGACUCACUAAGCUGGUCCCCGAGUUUCAGGACAAUUUUGAUGCUCCGUACUACGUCGUGCACCGUGCACACUUCCACGAUGCCAUGUAUCAAUUGGCGCUGCAACUGGGCGUCGAGGUCCGGAUAAACUCCAAGGUCAUCGACUAUGACGAAGAUGCUCCUUCAAUAACCACCGAACAUGGGGAGUCAUUCACGGCGGACCUUGUCAUCUGUUCAGACGGCGUCAAGUCAAUUGGCCGAACCAAAGUGCUGGGUGGUGUGGACCAGCCGCCGUUGAGAACCGGAUUCGCGGCUUAUCGAGCGACGGUGGAUGUGGAGGAGAUGAAAGCCCAUCCGGAGCUUGUUGAGCUGCUGGCAAAGCCGGGCCUGAAUUUGUGGAUUGGAGAUAUGAGACACGUCAUGACCUACACAAUUGCGGGAGGCAAAUCCUUCAACAUGGUCCUGUCGCAUCCCGACCGCACAGACCCAGCCACCUGGAACCAGCAAAGCCCCGACAAGGUCAUGUCCGAUAUGCGAGCUCACUUUGACGGCUGGGACCCUCGACUGACCAAGAUCAUCAACAUGAUUCGGUCAACCCUGAAGUGGCCACUCGUCAGCGGGUCGGCGCUCAGUCGCUGGGUUGCGCCGUCCAGCAAGCUCACGAUCAUGGGCGACGCCGCCCACGCCAUGGUCCCCUACAUGUCUGAGGGAGCCGCCAUGGCCGUCGAAGACGCUGCAGCCCUUGCCGAGGCAAUUGACCUCGUCGGCAGCACCAAGGAACUACCGGAAGCUUUGGAAGUGUGGGAAGCCGUGCGCAUCAAACGGUCAAGCCAAAUGCAGGAGGCCAGUCUGAUCAACGGCAAGCUGUGGCACUUUGCCGACGGUCCGCUGCAGAGGGCCCGAGACGAGGCGAUGCGGCCCGAAGUCGAAGGCAAACAGUUCGUAUCAAGCCCGAAUCAGUGGAGCGAUCCGACCACGCAGCGAUGGUGCUAUGGCUACGACGCCGAAUGGGAAGUCCGGAAGGCUUGGGAAAACAGGACCCCUAAAGCCAAGCUGGUAAAUGGGGAUGUGAAGGCACUUUAGACAGAGGGGAUUACCAGGAAUUUUUCUUCUGACUGGGGGGCGGAGUCAGGGUUUGCCAUGCUAUUAAUCAUUGGGACAGAUGUUUUCUCUUCCGAUGCUUCUAGACCUUUGCGGCGACAUCGGCACCUGGCCGUGGCGCCAUGGAGUUUUGGUGAAGAUGCAUGCCUAAAAUACGAGCACCACGGCCCAGGGGACAAACCCUCCCCUUGCGUGCGGUUAGCGAGAUUGUCUUGUGUAACUAAUGCUCAGGGGUCAAAGCUGAGUCCGUUGUAUUUGG